GGAGGAGAAGAAGAAAGAAAGAGUAAAAGUGAGGGGGGGGGGAAAGUAGAGAGAGAGAAGAGGCUGGUGAGAACACAGACUCUGCCCCAGAGGAGGAGCCGGGGCUGUCCCAGGGCCGAGUCGGGGCCGGGACGCCGUGAUGCAGUCACAGACCGAGGCUGUGGGCAGGAGAGCACAGGGAGUACCCUCCUGCAGCACGGCCUCGGGAGAGCUCUGAAAAGGGGACGCUGCACGCGCUCUCUCUCUCCCUGUCCCGCCAUCCCUUUCUCAAAACUCGCCUGGCCUGACUGCGUGCCAUCGGAGAAACUCCAUCACCGCACCGGCCCGCCGACCCAAGGACCAAGCCCUCCGCCAGGAUGAGCCGUUGGCUGAAAUGCACCUCUAUGUACUUUAACACAGACUGGAACAAGUAUGACGACAGGCUGAUGAAGGCAGUGGAGCGGGGCGAGGUGGACAAGGUCGCGGCCGUCCUCAGCAAGAAGGGCAUCGUCCCCACCAAGCUGGAUGUGGAGGGACGCUCGGCGUUCCAUCUCGCUGCUACCAGAGGACACCUCGACUGCCUCAACCUCAUCCUGGGCCACAAUGUCGACGUCACCGCCACCGAGGCCACCGGUAAAAAUGCUCUGCAUUUGGCCGCGAGGAAUGGGCAGUCUUUGUGCGUGCAGAAGCUGUUACAGCACAACUGUCCGGUGGGGAACGUGGACCUGCAGGGUAGGACCGCACUGCACGACGCAGUGAUGGCUGGCUGCUCCUCAAGUGUGAAGCUGCUGUGUGACAGUGGGGCUUCAGUUAACGCCAGCGAUUUCGAUGGCCGGACCCCCCUAGUAUUGGCAACCCAGAUGUGCCACCCCCGCAUCUGCCAGCUGCUUCUGGAACGAGGGGCGGACAUCGCUGUCCAGGACAAGCAGAACAAAACGGCUCUGAUCCUCGGGUGUGAGUACGCCUGCAAAGACGCCGUGGAGGUGCUGCUGAAGAGCGGAGCUGACGUCACGGCGGUGGACGGCUUCGGGCACGACAGCUACCACUACGCCCGCCUCAGCAAGAACCCCGAGCUGGUGGCGCUGGUCAAGAGCUACCUGGACGCCGCCACUAAAGCAAAAGAAGCUGCCAAGAAGGAGCUGAGAAAGCGACAGCCAUCUGUGGACAUGAAUUCAGAGUCUGGAGCAAGUGCUAGGGACCAGAUUAUACAUGACCUGGAGAGACAGAACGAGAGCCAGCAGGAGAGCUUGCGGACCUUCCACCAGGAGCAGAGGGUUCUGCUGGACAAGGUCAGCCUUCUGCAGCAGCAGCUCAGCCAGGAGAAGUUGGCUGUGGAGGACAUCCAAAAGGAGAGAGAGCAGCUGAAGCUUCUGCUCUCGGCCAAGGAGAAGGAUGAGGGUGCGAGAGCCGCCGAGACUGUCAAGGUCCAGAUGAAGAGCCAUAUGGGGGAGUACUCAGGCCAAUCUGUUGUUAAAGGAAAAGACCCUGUUCUUGUGAAGCAGUCUUACAGCCUCGAUGCUGCACAGAUGCUGCAGCCGUCCGCACCUUCACGUUCAAUGUCCAGGCCCCUGGAGCUGUCACGGCAGUGUUCGGUCUCAGCCGAGGAGGUGGAGUCUCUGCGGAGGGAGCUGGAGGUGGCGAGGCGGAGGCAAAACGCCACGGAGGAGGAGGUGAGCCGGCUGCAGGGGGCGCUGUCGCGCAAGAACCAGGAAUGCGAGGAGCUGGCGCAGAGCCGGGACGCCGACAAGCGGGAAUCGGACCGGCAGGUGCGGGAGCUGGAGGAGGCCCUGGGCGAUGUGCAGAAGAGGAUGCUGGACUCGGAGGCCAAGGUGAAGCAGCUCCAGGCCCACGUGGUGGCGGUGAAGGAGCACCUCAACAGCCAGCUGGUGGAGGACCUGAGGGCCGAGCUGCAGGACGUCAAGGCCAAGUACGAGGGCGCGUCGGCGGAGGUGGGACGAGUGCGAAACCACCUGAAGCAGAGCGAGAAGGCCCUGGAGGAGUACCGGCAGAGUGAGGGCCGGCUGGUGCAGGAGGAGGAGAGGCUGAAUCAGGAGCUGGCCAGGUCCAGGAGGGAGAGGGAUGAGGUGGCCGCGGCGCUGGCAGACAGGGAAGCCCGCGCGAAGGACGUCGAGGCCAGGCUGGCCUCCACUGUGCCCAAGGAGAAGUUCGACAACAUGAAGAACCUCCUGACCAACGCGGUGGAUGAGAAGGAACGGCAGCUGGCGGAGCUGAGGGAGGACUACGACCGGGUGCUGGAGGAGGCGGCGGAGCUCCACAGGGAGCUGGACGGGCAGGAGACGGUCGCCCUGCAGGAGCACGAGAGGGUGAUGGCCGCGCUGGAGGAGCAGAACGCCAUCCUGAAGAAGAAGCUGGCGGACGUCACGUCCAAGAGCCAGGCGCUGAUCCGGGAGGUGCAGGAAGGGGAGGAGGAGAGCAAGCGGCUCGGCGAGCACAUGCAGGAGCUGACCAGGAAGAUCCAGACGCAGUACGUGCCCGUCAAGUCCCACGCGGAGGUGAAGAAGUCCCUGGAGGGCACCGUGGAGGAGCUCAGCAGGAAGCUGGAGCAGGCCGUGCAGAAGAGCUGCAAGGCGGAGGCGGAGCUGCAGAGGCUGCAGGUGGAGAGGGGCACCCUGAAGGAGAGCGUCACGCACCUGCAGACUCAGCAGGUGCCCCGGGAGAAGCUCCAGCAGGAGGUGGGCGCGCUGACGUCCCGAAACGCGGAGCUGCAGGAGGAGCUGGAGGAGCUUCAGAGGAGGUGCCGCGACAAAGAGAAGGAGGCCGGUGAGCUGGCGGCGGAGAACGGCAGGAUGAAACGGAGCGUGAGCGAAGAGUUUGUGGCGAGGGAAGAGUACGAGAAAGUGAAAGUAGAACUGAGUGAGGCCUUGGAAGGAGCCCGAGCGGAGAUGGAGCAGAUGAGGAAAGAGGGUACGGAACGUGAGAAGGAGUUGCGGGAAGUGAAAGAAGGGAAUGCGACGUUGAAGGAAAAGCUAAAAAGUGUUCAGAUGGCAUUGGAGAAGGACUAUGUUAGCCUGAAAGACCACAAAGCGGUGAAAAGCAAGUUUAGCAGCACCUUGGCGGAAGCUGAGGAGAGAGCGAGGGAGGCGACGUCCAGCUGCGAGUUGGCCCAGGAGGAGACCAAGAAGCUCCACGGCGAGAUCGAGGAGCAGAAGAGAGAGUUGGACACCAUUCAGGAGGCCAUUCAGUCCCGGUUCGUCCCGGUGGCCGUCAUGGUGGAAAAAGAGGAUUCCUUCAAAGCUGCCCUGAAGGACCUGACAGAGCAGCUGGCAGAGGUGCAGGAGAAACACAGCCAGGCCAAGAUGGAGGCGGAACGUCACAGGCAGGAUAAGGAGAAGCUGAAGGUGGAGGUGGCGUCGGUGCAGCAGAGGAUGGAGACGGGCUUCAUCCCCAGCGAGAAGCACCGGGAGGUGGAGGACGUGUACAAGGGGAAGAUGGAGGAGCUCGGCCGGAGGCUUGGGCAGCUGCAGCAGCAGUGCCAGGAGGUGACGGCGCAGAAGCGGCAGCUGGAGGAGCAGAGCGCUCGGUGCAAUGCGGAGGUGCAGAGCCUGCAGCACCGGCUGGAGUCUGAGUACGUGCGGAGGGAGAAAUUCGAGGCCAUGCAGGAGUCCCUGAACGGCACCAUCCAGCAGGCCCGGGAGGAGCGAGAGAAGGCAGCGGAGGCCUACAAGAGGGAGGCGGAGAGAGUCGGCGCCCUGGAGAAGGAGCUGCAGAGCCGCGGCAGCGGCGCCGCCCUGCAGGCCGAGCACGUCCGAGCCAAAGAAGCCCUGGAGAAGGAGGUGGCCCGCCUGCGGGUGGCCCUGAAGCAGGAGGAGGAGAACAGCGCGAAGAAGGCUGAGGACGUGGCCUCCCUCCAGACGGAGCUCCUGCGGGCCACCCAGGCGAUGGAGGACGCCCGCCGCAGGGAGGAGGAGGAGGUGGCGGAGCUCAGGGCGGAGAAGCGGAGGUUUGAGGAGGAGGUGGAGGCUCUCGGCGGGCGGCUGUCGAGCCUGGCGGCGCAGUGCGAGGAGUUGCAUGCGGAGGCGGCCAAGGCCAGAGAGAACGAGUGCAGAGCCAGGACCGAGAUGGAAGCGCUGGAGACCAAGAGCUCCUCCAUAGAGCGAGAGAUCAGAGAGCUGAAGGGGCGAUACGAUGACUCCCUCAGCACCAUCGGGGACCUGCAGAAGAGAAUCCAGAUGUCCUCAGAACAGACAGAAGUCAAAGAUAAGAAGAUCACAGAGCUGCUGACAGACGUGGAGAGACUGAAGCAGGCCCUUAACGGCCUGUCCCAGCUGGCCUACGCUGGCUCCGCGCCCAGCAAGAGGCAGACCCAGCACAUCGACACACUCCAGGCCCAGGUCAAGAGCCUGCAGCAGCAGCUGGCUGAUGCUGAGAGGCAACACAGGGAGGUGGUCUCAAUCUACAGAACUCAUCUGCUCAGUGCAGCACAGGGCCACAUGGAUGAAGACGUCCAAGCCGCCUUACUGCAGAUCAUCCGGAUGAGGCAGGAGCUUGUGUGUUAGACGCCGCCGAUGAUGGAACAGCUGCCUGUACCAACACCCCCACCCCACCC